AUGUUUGAGCUCUCUCACCACCUACGAACCUCAAAGGCGAAAUUUAUCAUCGCGGAGCCGGAGCUACUCACCACCAUCAAAGCAGCAGCAAAUGAAUGUAAGAUAGCUGCCGCAAACAUUCGCAUCUUCAACGUCCAUAGCCAGACAGUCCCUCGGGGCUACCAAUCUUGGACUGAACUACUGAGCCACGGUGAAGACGAUUGGGUCCGAUUCGAGAGCCAGGAAAUAUCCAGCACUACUGCUGCAGCGCGGCUCUUCAGUUCCGGGACCACAGGGCUUCCCAAAGCAGCUGUCGUAUCCCACUACAACUUGGUGUCUCAGCACACUUUGGCAGUAGAGCCCCAGCCUCCACUAUAUGAUCCGUCACGUUUACUCUAUAUGCCUAUGUUUCAUGCCUCAGUAGUCCCACUGGGCCAUACUUCAACGCUAAAAUCAGGAACCCGAUCCUACAUUCUACGAAGAUUUGAUCUCGAAGAAUUCCUCUCCUCCAUACAUCGCUACAAAAUAACAGAGCUUGCCCUCUUUCCACCAAUCGUUCUCAUGGUUCUUGCAUCACCGUUGACGAAGAAAUAUGAUCUGACGUCAGUGAUGUCGGCCAAAGGUGGAGCGGCAGCACUCAGCAAGGAACUUCAACUCGAAUUUGAGAAGCUUAUGAGCAAAGAUGGCGCUUUCAACCAAGUCUGGGGGAUGACCGAAACUAGUUGCGUUGCCUCGUGUUUCUGGUAUCCUGAAAGUGAUACUACCGGCAGUAUCGGCCGCUUCGUUGCGAACAUGGAUGUAAAAAUAGUGGAUGAGAAUGACAACGAUAUCACUGCAUUGGGAGCCAAAGGCGAGUUACUAAUUCGUGGCCCGACCGUUAUCUCUCAGUACUUCGAAAACCCUGCCGCCAAUGCUGCAUCAUUCGAUCCUGACGGUUACUUCCGAACGGGCGAUAUCGUGAUAUGUGAGGGUGGCCCAGGCGUUACCCAGGCCACUGCGAAGUGGUACAUCGUCGAUCGUAUAAAGGAACUGAUCAAAGUUCGUGCCUUUCAAGUAUCUCCGUCCGAAAUCGAAGCAGUAAUACUUCAGCACCCAGCCAUCAUCGAUGCUGCGGUAAUCGGUAUUCCAGCUGUGGAUCCAAGAGAUGGUGAAAGCCCCCGCGCUUAUGUGGUAUGCCAGGGUGAAGUUACCGAGGACGAAGUCAAGCAAUGGUGCGCACAGAGAUUGGCCAAGUAUAAAUCUCUCACAGGUGGUGUUAGAUUCGUGGAUGCACUACCAAAGAAUGCCAGUGGGAAGCUCUUGAAACGGAUUCUACGAGAGCAAGUUCAGCAAGAAUCGAGGGGAGGAUCAUCUAAGGCCCAUCUCUAG